AUGCCUGGUCUUUGGGUUCUGUGGCAGUGCAAGUUCUCGGGUGAAUGCGAGGGUGGGCCAGCAGCUAUACGUAACGGGGAGCUACACUUCAUGUGCGAGACCCACCUCCGACAAGCUCGCAAGAAGAAAAAGAACCGUCGUGCUCUAAAACUUGCUAGUCCACUACCACAGCAUACUCCGGCGGCGUUGGUCCAAGGAAUUAGUGUGACAGCGCCAAGUUCAAGAGAAACCAUUGAUCUCAAGCUAUGUAAGCACCCCAGUAAAUGUUCGGAAGAGAGGACGGUGAAGGAAAAUGGGGAGCUUCAUUGGCUUUGCGAGCAACACCGUCAGCUGAAGAAUGCUGAGCAGCGCCAGCGAUAUGAUCGUCAGAAGAGAUUUGCUAGUUCACGCAAAACUGGGGAGGAUCAAGCGCGUGAUGUUAAUUCUCUUGCACACGCAGCAACAUCUUCAUCUUCAAGCCAGGCUAUGGAACCCGAAACUUCACUAUGUGAAAGUGAAACUCCGACGGCUUCUCAAGGCACGAACAUGUCUACUUCCAAAUCUGGCAGCCGCUUGAAGAAUCAACAAUGCGGCCACAGGAGCAAGUGCGCUCGUCCUCGUGCUCUAAAAAAAAGAAUGGCAAUCGUCAUUGGCUGUGUGAGUGUCACCGUCAGCAACAAAAAGCUUUGCAACGUCGUCGGCGACGACAACCGUCAGCGAUCCGUCACCAGCUGGUGUACCCAGCUUGGCUAG